AGCCCUGCUGAUUAGGCGCGGCGGUCGUUAGUUAGCUUCGAGGCGUGCUGCGGAUAUGUCUGGAACGGGCAAGAGAUUCAUGGGCUUCACAUUACUGGCCCUAGGCUGUAUUUACAGUGCCAGCGCGUCGGCCAAUCUGACCGAGUUCCUGGCCCAUCGGCAGCGGCGCGGACUUAUCUUUCAGAAAAGCGGCUCCAUCAAGUUCAGCAUAGGGGCCUCGAUGCCGAUUCCUUUGGGCGAUCCCGUGAAGUUCCGCUCUGCGGUCCUUUCGUUCUCCCUGCAGGGCGGCACCUACAGCAUGCCCACGAGUCCGAUUUGGCCCUGGGACAAGUGGGAGACCACCUUUGCCCGAUCUCUGCAGCAAAUGAGGCGCAACAUCGAGAGGCACACGGCCAGCGGAGCUCUCCGAUACGCGGACGACGCACGACAGCUGGUGUACACGGCCCUAGAGGAGUACAUGGGCAGGCGGAACAACGACAUGGUUGCGGGCAGGCAAUGCCUGUUGCGCUCCAUAUGCGAGAAUGCCCAGGUGCAUCAUCACGUUGGCAUCUUCUCCGAAAUACUGAACAUUGUGCUGAGUCCGGGCAAAGCCGAUAUAGAUAACUGCUAUCACGAUGCCUUUGCGGCUGGACAGGCGGGUGCUAAUUGCCUGGCCGUGUUUGAGGCCUGUCCACGUGGCCUCAACUUUCUGGACGAGAUGUUGGUUGCGGAGCGCAGCUGAAAUUUGAUUAAUUGGAUUUUCGCUACGGAUCGAUUGAUGCAUUGGAUUGGACAACAAUAAAGUUUUGGCACAAAUCAAAAUGCAUGUCU